UAUUACCCAGGUGGAGUGGUACAAAAAUUUUAAUACGCGUAAUCGAGUAGAAGCAAUCUCAUGAAAAUGCGCCAGUUAAAGAAAAAGAUUAGUGCGUGGUGGUUUGUCAUAUUGAUGUCGGGUUCUUUUGAUCAGCUUCAAGCUCAACGCAUUUGUGUGGCAUGUACAGAUUGUCCCGAUGAAGCAAGUGGUAUCGAAACAACUGUUUCUUGCGGUUCAAUUUCAAUUCCAGGGAAUUGUGCCAUUUUUAUAAAUCGAGAAGGUCGUGUAGAACGUGGCUGUCAGAAUAAUUCAAAUAAUAUUAUUCCUUUAAAAUCGUGUGCGAGUACCAGAUGUAAUACAGAUCGUGUACCUAUUUGUGAGGAAUGUUCCGAUUUGCACACCUGCAGAUCGGUACCUUGUGGAAAGCUAGAUGAUAGAUGCUACGUGAGUAAAUCAGAUGAUCGCCGCGGCUGCACUUCGGAUAGCGUUUACAAUGCAGAGCCGGAAGCUUUCGAAACAUGUGAAACGGAUAAAUGUAAUCGGGUGCCGCGCUGUGUCGUAUGCAACUCUGCUGAGCAAAGCGACGCAGACUGCUUGGAUGAGCCGGAAAAGUUCAUUGCAUCGUGUCCUAAGCAUGGAAUUAUUAAGAAAGAAAAUUGCUAUCGACAAGUUGAUAAGGAGCAGUUCCAGUUAGGGUGCACCUCGGCAGAAGAUGCUCCUUCGAAAUGUGAAGAGUCUGUACCCUGCAGAAAAUGUGAAGCUGAUAGUUGCAAUGCAAAAGCUUUCUAAACGUGCUACGUCUGCAAUAAUCCCGGAAACUGUCCAAAGAACCAGUUGUUCGCCAAUCAGAUACAGUCACUGCCUUGUUCCGAAUACAACGCCGGAUGUGUUAUGGGGUAUGACUACGCUACAAAAUCGACACUACGAGAUUGUUCAGAUGCUUUACCAGCGGAGGCGCUCGGGGACAUAGUCGUAGCGUGCGACACUCCCAAUUGUAAUUUUGCCGAAUUUCCUUCACAUUUAAAAUGUUAUCAGGAAACGUUAGGUAAAAUUGAAUUCUGCCGGUCGCCGGAUGCAACUGAAUGCUUCACAGUGGAAGACCAACUUGGAAAUAAAUUCCGUGGUUGUAAUACGGACGAAGACUUUGCAGAGAUAUGCCAAGAUUUGGGAAAUUGUUCGGUUUGCAGUUCUGAUGGGUGUAAUGAAAAGGAUGUACCAAUGGAAUGCGUGAUUUGCAGUGGACUAGAUCAAUGUCGGAAUGACCCACAACAUCGGCCUUGUGCAGAUGCCAAGUUCAACGAAGGGUGUUACACGUAUCUUGGCAGUGGCAGCCUAGAGAAAGGUUGUCUCAAUGAUCUGACGAGUGGUGGAACGACUUCGGAUGCCAAGGAAGCAUGUGGUACCGAUAAUGCAUUGUGUCACAAGUGUUCUGAGCCGAAUUGUAACGCAGUUCACUGUUUGAAGUGCGAUUCUGAGAUAGAUGACGAAUGUGUGGAAGGGGACCCGGAUGCAGUCGAGUAUGAACUAUGCUCACCUGAAGACAAGUGUCUCAUGUUCAAAGAUGCUCAAGGAUAUACAAAACGGGGCUGCACUAGCAAUUUUGACGCACCUGAUGUUGAAAGUACCGAUCCUGGCAAAAACUUUGGGCUGGUUCCAAGCGAUGCAAUCAAGUGCUAUCAGUGCAACGAAAACUGCGAUGACCUCAAAGAUGAGCAACUUAAAUAUUGCAGCCGUAACGACGUGCAGGGAUGCUAUUACAUUGUCGAUGGAUUUUCCGUUACGAGACGUGGUUGUUUGUCCGAAGAAGGAUUGGACUGUGACAAUGACCAACAUUGCUUCGACUGCGCAGACAAAGACGGCUGUAACGCGGAAAAAAUCAACGAGUGCUAUCACUGCACUUUUGACGACCCGGAGGAAGAUUGUGUCAGCAGCGGGGAUGCUGCGACUUGUUCUACAACGGGAGACUGCGUGGUAUACAUCAAUGCAGAAGGAAAAUUUGUGCGAGGAUGCGAGAAUGAUAUUCCGCCCGCGGAGUCACCGACGUGUGCCAAACCAUGCCAUGGCGACAAAUGUAACAAUAACGAUGUUUGCGACGCUACAACUGACUGUAAUGGAAUAUGUAGCGUAGCUUCGGCCGCUGAUAAGUGUUUGCGUUACCAAAAUGUGGAUCAAGUACAGACGGGUUGUUCCGAAUUUAGGGACGAAAUUUGCGGUUUGGACACUGAGCACUGCUACGCGUGUGAUCAGAAUCUUUGCAACGGAGAUGCCUUAGCGGAAUGCUACACAUGCAUGAACUGUCCAACCAUCGAGCCACAAAAACCAACACAGCUCUGCAAAGAUAUCGACGAUUAUUGUUACACAACUAAACAUCAAAAUGGACUUGUGGAACGAGGGUGCCUAGGAGAUAUAGAUCGUAAACUAACCAUCUAUAUAGCAUGUGAUGGUCCACUUUGUAAUUCUCACUCGUUGUCGGAAGGCAAUUCAUGCUACCAAUGUGAGAAUUGUGGCUCCACCGAUGGAUUAACUCCUUCAGUUUGCAGUGCCCCCUUCGAAGGAUGCUACACUGCACAAGAUAUAACGGACCUUAGUAUAUAUCGCGGAUGCGUGACGGAUGCUGACUUUAAGAUGAAAUGUGAUCAGUUCAAUUGCAUAACUUGUGAGGAAGAAAAUUGCAACACGCAACAAGUUCGAUCACAGCCAUUGUGGUGUUCUUCGUGCUCAGGAACAGCUUGCAAUGAGUACACAUCACCACGCCCUUGCCGAGAAGGCAUGCUCGUUGAUCACUGUAUAAAAUUUGAAAUGUUCGAUAUCGCUACUUAUAGAGGAUGUCUUAGCGAUAAAAUGCUUUCUCAUAUAGAAUGUGAUUGUUAUAACGCCAAGACCUUUUGCCAACUUUGCGAAACCGACUUCUGCAAUUCUCCUGAAUUAUCCUGUUACGAGUGCUCAAGUGCAAGCGGAGAUGGAUUUGACUGCAUUACCCGUCCUGAGGUUCUAGGAAGGACAAGCAAAUGUCACGGCCUCGCGUAUUGCUAUACUCGCGUAGAUGAAAAUACUGGUCACCUAAGUCGAAGUUGUGCCAACCAAAAUAAUGUUGGAUGUAUCGAAGGACCUCUGUGUAAGAGAUGCCAAAAUCACAACUGUAAUGACGAAGCAGUACCGAUGGGUUUGCCGCAACUUUUGAAUCAACCACUGUAACCCCUACGACCGAAUGACACUGGCCUCUUCGAGGCGACAGUUCUAGCAAAACUGGGUGGUUCAAAACGACGUUUGACAACACGAUUAAUGGGUUCCUUGUUGGUCUCGAGACAAAGGUAUAUGACCAUAUUUCAAAAUUAUUUAACAUACUUCAAAACAAUUAAAAUAAUAAACAGAAUAUUUAUACGAAAUAUACUUUUAGCAUUGCACA